UUUAUUUUUGUAUUUUGACAGUUAAAAUAAGCGAAAAAAGCGUUGUGUUGAUUUGCCGUUUGCUCAGUUUAGUUUAGAUGUGAAUUCUUCAUGGUUAAUACGAAACCAUGGCUUCAGUUCGUAUUUUGCUUUUGAUAACAUUACUUUCACUUACGUAUGCCCUAGCUAAGAAACCAACUGUCACGUUGAUUCAGCCAGGAAGUGUCAUUGAGUAUGCUUCCAACCAACGAUCCGGAUUCUUCACCACCGACCUGCAAAUAUAUUGCUAUCGUGGCACAUCGAAAUCGUUGCCGGCAAUUUUCCAAUCGGUGAACAUCGAACUGCAUCUGGACAACGAUGAUUUUGUGUGGUACGAAGGAUCCACACCGGAAAUCGUCACCACGCAUUACGACAAUCAACGGUCGAUAUUUUCGUUCAAUUUUCUGAACACGCGAAAGAAGAAGCUCAUCAAUUUGAAUCCAUUCAAUCAAACAUGCGUCGGCAUCGAGACGGCACAUCAGUACAAAGUUUACAUAAAUUUGGUGCGCAUCGACUUUUGGAAAGUGAUUCUGAUGGCCAUCGGACUGUUGAUCUUUUUCGCGGCCAGUCAAUUCAGCGAAACGCCACUGUUCUACUAUACAACCGGCAUUUUGCUGGGCAUUUUUGCGUCGCUACUGGUCGUUGUAUACUUUCUGGCUAAACUGUUUCCCAAGAAACCCAUGAUGUACAGCGUAAUGGCCGGUGGUUCGGCAUUAGCUGUUUAUUUCACUCAGCUCUUAUGGGACAACGUUCAGGUGAUACUGUUCAAUUAUCAAACGUACGUGUUUUGGUACAUCAUCGUAACGGGAUUCAUCAGCUUUGUGAUUUGCUAUCGACUCGGUCCGCCAAAAAAUCAACGAAGCAAAAAUUUGAUUAAAUGGGGAUUGCAAAUGGUGUCCAUGGGCAUGAUCUACUUUUCCAGUCAAUUUCAAGAGGCCAGCGUCGGAGUCGUCUUGUUGACCGUUUGCAUCUACUAUUUUCCGGUGGAAUGGUUGUACAUUGCAAGAAGGCAUUGGCGACGCUAUUUUCCACCCAAGCAAAGAUUUUUAACGAAUGAAGAAUACUACGAACAAACCGCAAGAGAAACAACAAAAGCUCUGGAAGAGCUGAAAAAUUUCUGCAACAGUCCGGAAAGUCAACCUUGGCGUACAAUGACAAAGCUGAGGGAUCCUCAACGAUUCGCGUCGUUUAUGGGAGGACAGUCCCAUCUGCUGGACUGUGAAAUAUUGGAAUAUGAAUCGCUGUCGAACAUAAAUAACUCAGACAUCAGCAAUGAUGAUGACGACGACGACGACGAUUCGGUCGAUCAAAUGGUACAUCAGCCGGCUCGAUUACAGCGACCCGUCAACGGUUAUCAAUUUGGUAGGACGACUCCAUCUCUGCGGACAAGUACACCGACCAUAAACGGCCACUUGAAGCACCGCCACAAUGGAUUAGAAUUAAGCGAAGAUGACGACGAGUGAUAUGAGUGAACCAUAUUAACGAGAGACAUGCUAUGUUUGCCUCACCAAAGAACUGAUAUAACCGAUAUUUGUGGAGUUGAAUUACAACAUUUUCCAGCAGCUGUGCGCUAUCCCUUUCAUUUGUUUGUGCAGCAUAAUAAUUCGAUUUCGAGCCGGAAGGUUGCUUUUAAUUUAUUGUUCUGUGCGGCGAAUUAAAUCUGUUAAGAAAAUAAAUGAUUUUUCGUGUUUUU